CCCACCUGGCCUAAUACCAUUCCUAGUCAUCACCAUGUCAACGCAUCCGGCUAGUUACCGUAUCGCCCAAGCCAUUGGCCUCAGCGGCGCAGCAUGGCUAUCAGGUAACAUAGCGGCACUCAGUCUAAUCGCCGUGCCAGCCCUGGUAGAAACCCAGAAUGAGACUCCAGUGCCCACGAGUAUUAUCGUCAAGCUAUGGCACAGUUUCUACAACAAGGGCAAGACUCAAAAUCCCCCGAUUGCAGCCGCCACUGCAACGGCUUUUCUGUACCUCGCGUGGUCGGUUCGCGCUGGCGGACCACUGUUUCGGCCGACCACGUAUAACCUUGCUGGGUUCUAUUCGACGGCUGCAGUAUUAACUGUGAGCAUUGUGCCAUUUACAAUUGCCACUAUGAGGAAGACGAAUAAUGCUCUCAUGAGCCUGGCGCAGUCGUCUAAAGAUUUGAGCGCUGCGGAAGAGACUCAGAGCAGUGAUCUGCUGAAGAGGUGGGUCUUUUUGAAUGGUAUCCGGAGUCUUCUGCCUCUUGUGGGGGCGGCGGUGGGUAUGGCUGCGGCUUGGGUUUGAUCUGAAGGAGGGGUGGAAAAGCAGUUGCAGUUCUUGCCCUCGAGGGUGUAACGAUAAAGGCGGGGAUAAUGUAAGAUCUAUGGGGGUCUUAAUGUAAUAUAGAAUGAAUCAGUC